AUGAAGGGAAACAUAUGCCCACUACAGAAGGAUGAGGAGGAAUUUAGUGCAGUAGAUAAAAGGCUAAAAGCAAGAAAUUACCCCGAUUGGAUGUUGCAGAGAGGAGCCAUGAAUAUACAAUCUUUAGAUCGCUUCUUACAGUGCAAUGAAUUACUAUGUUCCUAUGCAGCACUGCAACCUGCAGGAACUACAGCUGGCCGAUCAGCACCUCCAAAACUGAAACAGGAAUCAGGAGGAGGAGGAGCAGGGAGAUCUGCAUUACUGGCGGACAUUCAUAAAGGGGCACGCUUAAAGAAAGUCACAGAUGUCAGUGACCGGAGUGCUCCAGUAAUUGAGGAGGGCAAGAAAAAUGGUAGCGCAGGAAAUGGUAGGGGCACAAUAGCUCCACCUGCUGGCGGACUAUUUGCUGGAGGAUUUCCAGUGCUGAAGCCUUCAGGUCAAAGAGAUGCAACAGGAAACAAAAAUGCCCCACAGCUUCCAGGAAUGAAAGGAAGUGUUCCUAAACAAACAGAUCAAAUACCCACUAAAAUUGAUCUAUCAAAGCCUAUUCCACACACUGUGGCAGCUAGACAUCCUCCACCACGUCCAACUAUCCUUGGCCAUUCACUACCAGUGCCUCCUCCAGUACCACCAUCAAACAGCAAACCCCAACUGAUUUCAGCUCCUCCAGUCCCUCCUCCUUUUAAAGAGAGACCAGCAAAAUCAACAGGAUCAAGUGUUCCUCCAUCACCAUUUAAUUCCCAGGACAAGACAAAACUUCAAAGACCUACUUCCAGUUUCUUUCCAUCUACUCCACCACCACUUCCUCUUCAUCCUCCACCUACUCUACCACCAAGCUAUCCUGGUAGAAGAAGUCCUUCUCCUUCAUUACCUGGUGCCAGAGAUCAUUCAGGACUUCCUGUACCUCCUUUACCUUCUGUGCAGUCUCGGGUAGUAGAAGACUACAUCCCACCACCACCUGACAUCAGGGAUCUUCCUCCACCCCCACCACCUCCUCUACAAAUGAUGUCAGUGUCUAUGAGGCGAAGAUUAUCUGAGCCAAUGCCGCCUCCACCUGUGUUUAUCAGUGAACAUAGCAAUGUUCCACCACGACCGCCAAAGGGUUCUCCUGGCAGGCCUGCUAUACCACCUGUACCUGGACAUGGAAGGCCUCCCAAACUUUCUGCAAACAGUGGAGGACGACUGGCUCCUCCCCCACCGCCUCCUGCAAGAUCACCAUCUACAGAGCUUUCCAGCAGACAGCAGGGAUAUCGUCCUCCUAGUCCUGCGUAUGUACACCCCUUAGAUGACUUUGAAUCUAAGUUUCCCUUUCAUUCAGUGGAGGACUUGCCACCGCCAGAAGUGUAUGAACCAUUUGAAAAGAUCUACCCCAGCAAAUGCCAUCUAGCACCUUCGGGUCCGCCACCGCAUAGGCCACAGAUGAGAUGAGAAAAUCUUCAUUACGACUGAAGCAUAUAAGGAGAAUUACUGAACAGUUGAGCUUCUUUGGCAUUAAAUCAGAAUUGGUGAUACGACUAUGUGACUGUAAAUGUAUUACAACCCAAAUACACCUCUAUAGAGUAUUUCCUGAACAUAAAUGUACAUAAAGCACAGAGUAAAUGAUAUUUAUCACUGUAUUUUACAAAGCUAUGAUCAAGAAACCUGUAUAGAAUGGACUAAAAUGUAUGCCCCAGUACGGGUGAAUGAGCCAUCGAGUACACUAGUGUGAUGUUGCCUAAUUAAGUACAAUACCCUGAAUAUCGCUUAUUCUAGAGUCGCGUGCCUUGUUAAUAUUUAAUACAGUUUGUUUUUCUAUAUAAGAUUAUUACUGUACGUUACUGUAGCUUCAGAAAUACGGAUGGAGGGAUGAGGCUACCCAGUUAAUGUGAGGGGAUAUCCUGUGUUUGCAUUUUUUAUCAAUUUACCAAACUUCCUCUAUUUCUAUUGGACAAGAAUUUACAGAAUGUGCAGUGUAGGAAAUGUAACAUCAAAAUGAAAUAAGCACUUUGGGGGUCAUUUAUCAUUUGAGAUAGUUUUUAUGUUAAUUUUAAGUCUGGGUUUGCAUUGUGUGGUUGCACUAAAUCAGGAUUGCACAACCUUUUCUGGUUGGGGGCCACAUUGUCAGAUUAAACCAAUUCCGAGGGCCGGAAAUAAAAUACUGUAUUUAUGGUAUAUUGAACAUACAGUAUAUACUAUCAAUGUCUAGUUACACUUCCAGGAAUCCCAUUUUAUGGGGGAAUACAUGAAAGAUACAUGUGAGCUGCCACAAGACAUAGACAUACAUGUCUGGUAACAGAUGGUUGGGGCCGCACAGAAUGGUAUCGAGGGCCGCAUGUGGCCCCCGGGUUGCAGGUUGUGCACCCCUGCACUAAAUGUUUAAAAUGGACACAGUUUUCCUGUAUUUGGUGCAACUGCAUUGUCUUGUAUGACUUAGUCCUAAAAAAAAUACAACAGGGAGCUGCCUGGUGUAGGAUGCGACAUUUCUGAGACAUUUCAAGUGUCGCAGACAGUAAAUGUGCCAUAAUCCAGGUCUAAUGUCACUUUUCUGCCUUAAACAUAGACCAUAUGGAAAAGUGGCAUGUCUACAAAAUGUCACAGAAAUGUCCCAAAAAGUUGCUAUUGGCAUGUUGUGCGACAUUUUUAGACCAAAAAUCGGAUUUAUCUAGUUUCGAUAAAUGUCCCCCUUUGUCUCUCCCUAUCUAAACACAGCACCAAGUUCAUUCAUGGGCCAUGCCUGCUUUGCAGCUCAUUAAGGGUCUAUUCACACGUCCGUAGAAUGGGUCCGGAUCCGUUCCGCAAUGUUGCGGAACAAAUCUGGACUCAUUCAUUCUCUAUGGGGCCGGAACAGAUGCGGACAGCACACAG